GCACGUGCCGUAGAUAUUUUAGACAUAUUUUUUGUUUCUGUCCAAUUGUGAUUUGUCCUAAAGCCGCUUUUGAAGAAGAAGACUACUACUACGUUUACUUUUCUCAAUUUUAAUCAGAGCUUCAUAUUCAGCUCCGACUCACGAGGACCUCUCACUCUCACUCUCGAUCUCUCUCGCUAUUCCUUCGAUCGUCUCGACUACUGGAUUUUGAUACUGCACACUAGUGUGUUAUUCAAAAUGUUUCGCCGCAAGACUACUUCGCAAGCUGAACAAGAGAAUAAUGAAGCAGCUCUCAGAGAGGCAAAGAUCAAAGAGCUCAAGACUCUCAUAGGCGAGCUCUCUGGAAGGAGUUCACUCUACUGUUCAGAUCCCUGUCUCAAGAGGUAUCUUGAAGCUAGGAGCUGGAACGUUGGCAAAGCCAAGAAGAUGCUUGAAGAGACGCUGAAAUGGAGAUCAACCUUCAAACCUGAAGAGAUCCGUUGGGAUGAAGUUUCAGGUGAAGGUGAGACUGGGAAAGUCUACAAAGCUGGAUUCCAUGACAGAAGUGGAAGAACGGUUCUUAUACUCAGACCUGGAUUGCAGAACACCAAGUCUUUGGAGAACCAGAUGAAACAUUUAGUGUAUCUCAUUGAGAAUGCUAUUAUGAAUCUCCCGGAGGAUCAAGAGCAGAUGUCUUGGCUCAUUGAUUUUACAGACUGGUCGCUGAGCACCAGUGUGCCUAUCAAAUCCGCCAGGGAAACUAUCAACAUACUGCAGAAUCACUACCCUGAGAGACUAGCUGUCGCUUUCCUCUAUAACCCUCCAAGGCUCUUUGAGGCAUUCUGGAAGAUAGUGAAGUACUUCAUUGAUGCAAAGACAUUCAUCAAGGUGAAGUUUGUUUACCCGAAGAACCCUGAAAGCGUGGAGCUUAUGAGCUCAUUUUUCGACGAGGAGAACCUCCCAACGGAGUUUGGAGGGAAGGCUUUGUUGCAGUAUAACCAUGAAGAGUUCUCUAAGCAAAUGAACCAAGACGAUGUUAAAACUGCAGACUUUUGGGGAUUGGUUCAUAGUAACAACAAUCACCAGCAGCAGUCCAGCAGUGGAUUUUCUGGAGCUGAGAUUGCUCCUGAGCCAAUACAAACCAACACUUAAAACUAGCUUUGAAAGGCUAUGUAUUGUUGUAACCAACCCUUUUUCAAAUGGGGACAAAGAUAAAGAUAGCUCUUGAUGCUUAGAGGAGAGGACACAGAGAUGUAAGAUUUAGACUCGGUAUUUGAUUAAAUAAAAGGAUUUGUGUGUUA